CUCGUUCUGGCGCUUGGAGCUGCUGCAGGCGCAGCUGCAGAGCAUGCGAGGGCGCUACUCGGCACGGGGGACCACAAGUAUAAGCAGGGCGAUCAAAUCAUGCUCUACGCCAACAAAGUCGGGCCGUUUCAGAACCCAACGGAGACAUACCAGUACUAUAAUCUUCCCUUCUGUCAACCCAAGGAUGGAAAGGAGUAUAAGACGGAGUUUUUGGGCGAAGUGUUGGAGGGCGAUCGGCUGGUGACGACGCCCUACAAGUUACAGUUUCGAAUUGACGUGGAGAAUGCUGCUCUUUGCAAAAAGUCGCUGAAGGCGGACGACUUGAAGAAGUUCCGCGAUGCAGUCAAGCAAGACUUCUAUUUUCAGAUGUUUUAUGACGACCUGCCAGUAUGGGGCUUUAUUGGCAAGGUUGAAAAGAUAGUGCAGACUGGGACCCAUAAGUACUUCCUCUUCACACACUUCCACUUCGACUUAUCUUACAACGAGGACCGCGUCAUUGAAAUUAACGUGUCCAGCGAUCCCAUGCGUACUGUCGACAUCACUACAGCAAAUGAACUGGACAUCCAGUUUUCGUACUCCGUCAAGUGGAAGCAAUCAUCCGUCACUUUCGACCACCGCAUGGAUCGCUACGCACGCUACUCCUUCUUGCCGCAGCAUCUCGAGAUUCACUGGUUUUCAAUCAUAAACUCCUGCGUGACGGUGCUGCUGCUCACUGGUUUCCUGGCAACAAUUUUGUUGCGCGUCCUAAAGAAUGAUUUCAUGAAGUACACGCGAGAUGACGAAAUGGGGGAGGAACAGGAGGAGACUGGCUGGAAGUACUUGCAUGGGGACGUCUUCCGAUUCCCGCCGCAGUCCAACAUUUUUUCCGCUAUGAUGGGUGUGGGUGCACAGAUCCUCGCCAUGGCUAUGUGCAUCUUCGCAUUGGCCUUGGUGGGUGUUUUCUACCCCUACAACCGCGGAGGUUUGCUGUCUGCAUGUGUGGUGCUGUACGCCCUCACCGCCGGUAUCUCAGGCUACGUGAGCGGCCUGCAUUACAAGAUGUUUGGCGGCACUAACUGGGUUUCUAACGUACUACUGUGCACGGUGCUCUUCUGCGGACCGGUCCUGGUCGUCUUCUCUUUCCUCAACACGGUCGCCAUUUUCUAUCGGUCCACCGCUGCGCUUCCGUUUGGCACAAUUGUCAUCAUCAUUCUGAUUUGGGCGCUUAUCACCUUCCCGCUUACUGUACUGGGUGGUAUUGCAGCGAAGAACUCAAAAGUUGAGUUCAACGCACCGUGCAGGACCACCAAGUUCCCACGCGACAUUCCCCCACUGCCGUGGUACCGGACUACCAUGCCGCAAAUGCUAAUGGCGGGCUUCCUGCCUUUCUCUGCCAUUUACAUUGAGCUUUACUACAUCUUCGCGAGCAUCUGGGGACACAAAGUGUAUACCAUUUACUCGAUCCUUUUCAUUGUUUUUAUCAUCCUGAUUAUUGUGACCGCGUUCAUCACAGUGGCGCUCACAUACUUCCAGCUGGCGGUUGAGGACCACAGAUGGUGGUGGCGUUCUUUCCUGUGCGGAGGCUCGACGGGCAUUUUCGUAUACGGAUACUGCUUCUACUAUUACUACGUACGAUCGGACAUGAGCGGCUUUAUGCAGACCUCCUUCUUCUUUGGCUACAAUGCUGUGGUAUGUUAUGCCUUCUUCCUCAUGCUCGGCACGGUGGGCUUCCGCGCUUCUUUGCUCUUUGUGCGGCACAUCUACAGGGCCAUUAAGUGCGAGUGAGAUCAGGCCGUGUUGCUCUGGGAUGCCGUUCGCGAAUGCUUGACCAUGGACCAAUUUGAAGGUAUAAUGCUGGACUAUUUCGGAGACUGGAUGACUUGUUCUUAUGAGAGACAGUAGAGCGUAUGCUAUGAAAAUUGACUUAGGACUGAGUUAACGAGUUUCUUGUGGAAAGGAGAGUCGUGACUUCAAGUGUAGGAUUGUUAAGCAGAUUUAUCAAAGGAGUGGAUGUGUACGGAUACUGCGAGAUGGUAGUGUCAAUUGCACGGUAUCAUUCAUACCAGGCUUUUAUAUAAGUCAUGUGCAAUAUGUGAGACGAGACAUUCUGUCAA